GUGUACCAAUGUGUUUUUCACCCGUCAUCAGGUGAAUGCUUUCUCUUCUGAAACGUAAGCACACUUAGGUUUCAGUUCCAGCAGCAAUAAAUUUGCUGCAAGUCGCCCCUGUUUUUACUUGAUAGAUGAAGAACUGAAGACAUGGCUCCAACAAUGUUUGACAAUGGUGCAAAGCCUGGGGACCUGAUCGAGAUCUUCCGCGGGACAUAUGAGCACUGGGCUGUCUACAUCGGUGGAAAUGAAGUUGUUCAUUUGAUUCCAAGUGAUGAUUCAGGCGCUUUUGGUAACCUCUUGAUGUUAGUGGACAGCAGGAGAGCACAGGUGAGGCGUCAGAAGAUCUGGGAAGUGGCCGGCUCCAAUGAUUUCAAAAUCAACAACUUCCUAGAUGACGAGUACCAGCCUCGCGAGCGUCACAUCAUCGUGAGGGAGGCCUGUAGGAUGGUGGGUGAGGAGCUGCCAUACUCUGUCGCCACUUACAACUGUGAGCACUUUGUCACAGAGCUACGAUAUGGCAAACCAGAGUCUCGACAGGUUAAAACAGCAGCUGUCAUUGGAGGCGUAGCUGCAGCAGGUGUAGGCAUUGUAGCUUUGGGUGCCGUUCUCUUCUCCUUGCUCAAAGAUGACGACGAAAGGAGACAUCAUAAGUGACAGCAAUGACACAGCAAGAUGAAAGGAAAGAUCUUGUCAUUGUUCAAGUCAAUUCACCUGGCAGGGAUUAUGAUUUAAACUAUGUGAAUAAACUAUUGCACAUGUGCAAACUGAAAAAGUUGUCUUUGUUGGUGUAGUACUGUCAACAUGCAACCAACAAAUACAACCUCGGAUAAGAUGAGGCAAGUUGCUGUGGAGAAAAAUAAAGUUAUACAUAAAUCCA